AGUUAAAACAAAAGUUAAAGUAGAACCUGCAGAGUGACACCUCCUUCACCAAGCUUCCACUCUUUUUAGCUUGUUACAGUAUAUGCAUUUGAACAAUCCACUCACUCAAGAGUGUAUUCAGUCAUCAUUCAUUUCAUUUAACAUUCCUUGAAGCAGAUCCCAUUCCAAAUGACAGCUCCUGUUCCUCCAAGCCUGUGGCUGGCUCCAAACCCCAGCAAGAGAUGGGGUGAACUGUUCUUCCUUCUUUACACCCCCUUCUGGCUCACCCUCUGUCUUGGCAUUGUUAUUCCCUUCAAUCUUUACGAGAAAUUCACAGAAUUGGAGUACUUGCUUAUCGGAUUGGUUUCGGCUGUUCCUGCCUUUGUCAUUCCAAUGCUGCUUGUUGGAAAGGCAGAUAGAAGCGUUCAUUGGAAGGAUCGAUAUUGGGUCAAGGCGAGUCUCUGGAUAAUAAUCUUCAGUUAUGUUGGAAAUUAUUUCUGGACUCAUUAUUUUUUCACAGUUCUGGGUGCAUCUUAUACCUUCCCAUCAUGGAAAAUGAACAAUGUACCACACACAACAUUCCUGCUCACUCAUGUUUGCUUCCUGUUUUAUCACGUUUCAUCAAACAUGACACUGCGUCGGUUGCGACAUUUUAUUGCUGAUUUGCCUGAAAAAAUUCAAUGGGCUACCGAAGCUGCCUGGAUUCUUGCACUUGCUUAUUUUAUAGCGUACCUGGAGACCCUGGCUAUCUCUAAUUUCCCUUAUUAUGAAUUUGUGGAUCGUGACUCUAUGUAUAAAGUUGGAUCUCUGUUUUAUGCCAUAUACUUUAUUGUGAGCUUCCCAAUGUUUUUAAGGAUAGAUGAGAAACCUGGUGACAAGUGGGACUUGCCUAGAGUGGCUGUUGAUGCUUUAGGUGCUGCAAUGCUGGUCACAAUAAUACUUGAUUUGUGGCGCAUCUUUCUGGGACCUAUUGUUCUCAUCCCAGAUGCAAAACAGUGUCCUCAAGUAGGAUUACCUUGGUUCACAGGACAUGCCAAUCUCACAUGAGAGUCAUUUUAGAUUGUUGUGUGGAGAAUGUGCUGAAGAAAUCAGUCUUGGACAGUGCUCACACUGCCAAACUUCUGAUUACUUCUUUAGUCUUUGUAGUGCUUUUUCAUGUUCCCUUCAGCUGUAGACAAAGACAGGUAACUAAUUAGUGUUCUUUAUAAUUAAUGAAGACUCGGUUCCUUGGACACUGUGUUCAUGUUCUA